GUCUAUUUCAACUUCUUCGUCAGCACCAUCGGAACUACCUAGUUGCAAUCAAUUUAAAACAAAUAUUAGGCAUACCCACUGGAAACCUGAAGCAGCAAGAUGAGCAGCCACCAGACUUCAAUUCUUCCAGGCUACUCAACUCAGCAACGCCUUUCCCAGAACCCGACUAUGAGUCUCCCAACUCCCAAAAUACCUGACGGUAUCAAACAUGGGCAUACUUCUCCUUACCAUGGACACCCUGAAUCGGUCAUCUUGAAGCCUACUUCUUCGCAAGCGCUACCCUUCAGGUCUGUGCGACCCGUCCAAGAUGGCGAUGGCGCAACCAGUUCCUACUUUGAGCACUCGGACGCCAAGCGAAUUAAUACCGAUCUUGUCUUUACUGCGGCUCUCAAGAAGCAAUACCCUGAGCUCACCCUUGUUGUGGUCCCACAGUACAGCGACAUGGGCAGCUCUUGCAACUUGCUGGCUUUCGCAGGCGCUGGCUAUGCUACCGUGACUCCAAUCCAAGACAAGGGCGACCUGCCAUCGUCGCUCGAAUGGACGGUUUACUUGCCGCCCGCCCGUCGAAUGGAUGGCAAUAAAGGAUACUUGGGCGAGGCGCCCAUCUUCGGCAAAUUCCUCUACCAAUGGGAGGGUGAGGAAUUUAUUGUCUAUCUGGCCGAUGGUCGGGAUGGGUCGGAAUCCUACCCACAACUUAAGAACUACUAUAUCCUCACGGCUGAUGUCCACAAAGCUGAUCAACUUGUUCUCACCGUCGGGUCAUGGGCAAGCGACCUGCAUAAUGAAGUUUGGGUCUUCGAUCAGGGCUUUUUCCACAAAGAUCGCGAGCUGUGGGAGAGCGCGCAGAAAUCAACAUGGGAAUCAGUCAUCCUAGACGAGGAUAUGAAGAAGUCGCUCAUAAAUGACCACAUCUCCUUCUUCGAGUCGAGGCAGACAUACGCAAGUCUCGGCGUGCCAUGGAAGCGAGGAAUCAUCUACCAUGGCCCCCCUGGGAACGGAAAGACUAUCAGCAUUAAGGCUGCGAUGCAUAUGCUGGCUGAUAGAACCCCUCCCAUUCCCACCGUCUAUGUGCGUAGCCUAGAGUCGUGGAAUGGGCCCCAGGGCGCUCUUUACAUGAUCUUUCAGAAGGCUAGGGAGUUUGCGCCCUGCUACUUGGUGUUCGAAGAUAUUGAUUCUCUCGUCACACCCGACGUGAGGAGCUACUUCUUGAACGAGGUUGACGGCCUAAAGCGGAACGAUGGCAUAUUUAUCAUCGCCAGCACUAACCAUUUGGAACUCCUAGACCCAGGAAUCGCAAAACGUCCAUCUCGGUUCGACCGAAAGUAUUACUUUCCCGACCCAAACAUUGACCAACGAGAGGCAUAUUGCCGAUUUUGGCGGAAGAAGCUUAAACCCAACAAAGACAUCGAGUUCCCAGACAAGUUGUGCAGGGCCAUCGCUGAGAUCACGGACAAAUUCAGCUUUGCCUACAUCCAGGAGGCGUUUGUGGCAACACUGUUAGCCAUCGCUCGGCGGUCAAAGACCAAGCCAACAGUCGGAGGCUCUGAAGAGGCUUGGGUGUUAGUUAGCGAUGACUUUGGGGAUGCCCUAGCCUCAGAUAAAGGUGACCUAGACAGACUGGAGCUCUGGGUCGAAAUAAAAAAGCAGAUCAAGAUCCUUCGCGAAGGCAUAGAAGAAGAAAGUAAAGCAUUCUAGUGGCCAAAUGCGACAGGCAGGAGGUGGUAGGAAGAAGGUAAGGCAGGGUAGAAGGUCUUGAAAGGGAAACUUUUUGUUCUUAUAUUUUUUUCAUAUUUUAUACUUUAAGCUCCACACUGCCAUAGUUUGUGCGCAUCACGCUAUCUCUGACUAGCUGAAACAACGAUGUGGGUGGACAGAAGAAGACGAAGCCUUGAUGAACAAUAGAGGCCACGAAUAGAACAUGAGCUGUCAAAGUUAUCGCAAUUACUAUUACGACAA